AUGCGUCGCGCUUUGAUCCUUGUUUUUGUGUGCGGUCUAAUGAUCGCCUUUGCCUCGGCCGGUUUGCUGGGCGGAGGAGGCGGUGGUGGCUACGGCGGUGGUAGUGGCGGUGGCGGUGGUGGUGGAUACGGCGGUGGCGGAGGCGGCGGACAAGGAGGCUGGCAGAAAAACGGAGGAGGCGGCGGUGGCGGCCAAGGUGGACAUGGAGGCGGUGGACAAGGAGGCUGGCAGAAGAAUGGAGGAGGCGGUGGAGGCGGUCAUGGAGGUGGUGGACAGGGAGGCUAUGGAGGUGGCAAUCAAGGUGGCCACGGAAAGGGAGGUGGACAAGGAGGCUAUGGCGGUGGCCAUGGAGGCGGUGGCCAUGGUGGUGGUGGCCAUGGAGGUGGCAGCAAGUCCCUGGCCGGAAACCGCGGCAGUUCCGUGUCCUGGCAGGGCGGCAAUGGAGGCAACAACAAGCACGGAGGCGGGGGUGGAGGGGGCGGUGGCCUUUACGGAGGCGGUGGCGGCGGAGGUGGUGGCAACAAGCACGGCGGUGGUUGGUAA